UGUCAUACGAGAUAUAUCGAAGACUCAAGAUGACUCUCGGUCCAUUCCUGGUGGAGAUCAUAUUUGCCUUCUUGUUGGCUGCAACUUUGCUCUUUAAGUAUGGAAAUGUCUUUCGGCAUCACAUCGCGGUCACUGUCUCUGUGCUGAUAGCUUGGUACUUUUCCCUGCUGAUAAUUUUUAUACUACCAUUGGAUGUCUCUUCGACUGUAUUCAGACAAUGUAUGGAGCAGGAUACACAGAACAGCACUAGGGAUACUGAUAACACGACCUCUGUGCCAUUAUUACUUACGUGCAAGAAACCCAGGCCUUAUGUUCCAGAGAAUGUAUUUCCGAAUCUGUGGAGGAUAGUCUACUGGACGUCGCAAUGCCUAACGUGGCUGAUACUCCCGUUAAUGCAGUCCUACAUAAAAGCGGGAGACUUCACUGUGCGCGGAAAGCUGAAAUCCGCUUUGAUCGAUAACGCUAUAUAUUAUGGUAGUUACUUGUUCAUAUGUGGCAUACUCCUGAUAUACAUUGCAUUGAAACCUGGUUUAGAUCUCGAUGGGCAAAAAUUGAAAGCCAUAGCAUCAUCCGCGUCCAAUACGUGGGGUUUAUUUUUAUUGGUCUUAUUGCUCGGUUACGCUCUUGUAGAGGUACCUCGAGGACUAUGGAAUGCCAGCAAGCCUGGUUACACUUUAAACUACAGUUACUUCAAGGUAGCGAAGUUAAGUUUAGACAAGUGCGAAGCGGAAGAAACGGUAGAUGAUAUACUUGAGUCGCUACAAAUUGCAACAAUAUCCAUUGGACCCGGUCAUCCGUUCCAUUACAAUCUGGAAACGAUCUUUCAAAAGAUACCCGCGGAAUUGAAGGACCGAAUGAACAGAAGGCAAUUGCCUGAUGAUACGCCAACGGAUACACCUACUGAAAAAUCGCUAAUUCGUCUACAUAGACAGACUAUAAAAGCAUUGCAGACUUUGCAGCGUAUAGAAACUCAAUGGGGCAUUUUAGUGGAUAAGAUAUUUAAUUUGGAAGACGUUGCGAAAAAUCAAAUGAAUCAUGACAGAAGAUUUAAACAGUCUUUCCCUGUUCAUCGUCUGCUUCCAUUUCGGAUUAUUUACAAUCCUGUUGUCGAAUGGUAUUGGAAAUGUAUUGUAAAGAAUUACGUUUUAAAGGCAGUUGCUAUUUGUGCCGGCUGCUUAUCGGUGGCUGUGGUAUGGUCAGAAGUAACAUUCUUCAACAAGUCUCCUGUGUUGUCCUUGUUCGCUCAAUUUCAUAAUUUAGCAAAGAGAAAUUAUGAUUAUUGUACGAUAGAGAUAUUAUCUACGCUGAUCAUCGCAUACCUUUGUUACUGCGCUUAUUCAACUGUUUUGAAGAUUCGAGUGUUGAAUCUUUAUUACUUGGCGCCUCAUCAUCAGACCAACGAGUACAGUCUAAUAUUCAGCGGUAUGAUGCUAUGUCGCUUAACUCCGCCCAUGUGUCUCAAUUUCCUGGGACUCAUUCACAUGGAUUCCCACAUCAUCAAAACUCGUAUCUUGGAAACGCACUAUACACAAGUGAUGGGUCAUAUGGAUGUUAUUUCCAUAAUAUCUGAUGGAUUUAAUGUAUAUUUUCCUAUGGCAAUUCUGGCAUUCUGCUUAGCGACAUACUUUAGUAUAGGAAGUAGAUUGCUUUCCAUGCUAGGCUUUCAGCAAUUUCUCGACGACGAUGAAUUUACGACGGACCUCGUGGAUGAAGGAAGAGAACUUAUAAAAAGAGAAAGACGUAAACGGCAAAGAGCGGAAGAUUCUAUGUAUAGACGACGCGAAUUGCAGGAGAGAUUCAAUAUUUCGGUGGGUACAGGAUCGCGUUACAGAACGUCUCGGCAAAGCACAGACACUGGUACGUAUAACGAAAAGCGAACACCAUACAAUACUAUGGAUUACGUAAAUAACGUCAUCGUUAACGAUUCUUCAGUACGGCCGUUAAAACGGGACGAAUCGAUCGAAUCCGCGAGGGCGGGUUUGUUGCACGAUUUCGAUCCUACGGAAUAUUACAUCGGUAUGACGUUCGACGGGGAUAAUUACGGUGCAAAUCGAUGCGAUGCGGAAAACCAAGACGACAUGGAUUCGUUCGAUCUGAAUAACGCGAGGGCAUUCUCUACUAAUACAAAUCGCGUAGGUCCUCCACCCAGAGGACUGUUUGAUGAUAUUUAAAAGGGGUAAUGUUUUGGCAAAUACGAUUUAGGUGCUAUUAUAGAAUCCGUCAAUUGGCUUAUAAGCGAUUUAUGUACAUACGAUAUUUAUAUUGAAUGAGGUGACGAUUUAUUAAUCCAAAGCAGUGCAAUGGAUCUUUUUAGACAUUAAGAAUAUAUAAGGCUUUACAUGCCUGCAGUGUUUUGAACCCGAAUACUAAAAUAGGAGCACAAACCUAAAGUAGAAUUGUACCGUUAUGAGAUAUAAUGUAAUGAUAAUUUACUAUGUGUACGAAGAGAUAUAUUGAACUAAGAAUUGAAGUCGCGCAGAUCUUGCUUGAAAUAGAAACUCGUUUUUUAAAAUAAGAAUUGUGAUGCGAUUGGUGGAUGGAAUCAAUAAUAGUGCAGUGAAUAUUCAACUUGGUAUCAAUAUGUAUAUUACGUUUAUGAGGAUAAAUAUAUUUUUAUCUCUCAACUAUUCUCUUUAAGUUUUUGUAUAGUUUGAUUUAUGUUGAAGUUAAUAAAUAAUUUAUGUACGAUUUUGUAAUCAUAUGCACCUGAAAUAAUUAUAUAUUAUUUUCUUCUAUAAGCAAUUUAAUAUUUUUUAAUAUUUAAUAUCUACUUGUCUCAUUUAAUCAAACUUUCAAUUUAUAAUCUAUCGUUAUGACAAAAAAUUUAUUCCUGCAGAUGUUCGUAAAAAUUUAUAGAUUUUAUUCUAGUCAUUUUAAUUAUAUUUAUAUUAUGAAUAAUUUCUAAAGCUUUUGGGACAAAGAAUUAAUAGAAAUGAAAAGAUCAACUGCAUAACUCACAGGAAAAUUUAAUAAGAAUAAGUCAGUAUGUAACAAUAGUAAUAAAAUGCAUUAAUCUCAAAUGUAAAUAUUCGCGAACCAUUAAAAAAUUCAAAUAUUUGAUUUUAUAUUACGACGAAUUUUAAAUUAAAUAUAAUAAUAAAACUUCUAGUGUUAAUUAGAAGUUUUGUCAAGUAAAAAUUAAUUUGUCGGCUUAUUUGUUUUAUUACAAGAUUCAUUUAUAUCUUCCCCACUUUUUGCGAUCCAAAUAUAUGCACUUACAAUUUAACACAUAUCUACGGAAGUAUCUGGAAUAUUUUUCACAAACUUUAGUAGUUUUGUUUCUUGACAAAAAUGUACUAAAGCAUAUCAAUUUUUUAAAUAUUGUAUUAAUCUAAGAUAUAUCGACGAGUAUUUAUAUAAAUAGGAUGUCACUCUAAAACCAAUUCCAGCAUUUCUAGUGUCAUGAGUGAAAUUAGUAAUAAUAGGAACUAUUAAAUAUUUGAUAUGUUAAUAGAUAACAAUACAUAAAGGGGUUAAAUUUUCGAAUUUUCGAGAUUACAAAGUUCGUAUCUCGAAUAACAU